AACGGAGAUGCAUCGCCUAAAAAGAGUCGUAGAGAAGAUCUGACAAAAAACUAAGACAGAAAAACCUUGUCCAUCCCACAGGCCUGCAUACGGAUAGACGAAAUUCAAGAAACUCCAAUCCAAUCCAGGCUUCAAUCUUUCCUUAGUAUGACGCCCACCCCGGGCACACAUCACACGGAUUCAAAGACCUGUAUCCAAUCAAACCAUUCCGAUGGGCAAAUCAAAGCAAACACUCCCAUGUCCGCAGCUCUGCAAAGACUGAGAAUUCUAUCAAGGUCUCAAGUCUCUCUCUCUCUCUCUCUCUCUCUUUCUCUCUCUCUCUCUUUCUCUCUCUCUCUCUUUCUCUCGUACUCCGUACAGAUACUCCAUCGCCAAUCCUGCCAAUCCUCACUAGACGGGGAAUUAACCAUAAUCUUAGCCACAAAUAAGAAGACUAAAAAAGCUGAUCUAACCGCAACCCAAGCCUCGCCCGCCGCACCAGAAACCCCUGCCCUCGCGGCGCCGCCCCUCCUCGUGCCGUAUCCCGCUCGUUUACCAAGGGGCCAUGACCAAUGGUCAACCCAUAUUUACCAAGCCGACGUUGGCCGUGCAGAAAAAGAACUCCCUCAUCCUCAUCCCGCCAGGCAAACAAGGUCGCCGUCUGCCUUAGUGUCCCAGGCAGACAGGCAUGCCGGGUUCAGCUUGAAGACUAAAGGUGCUUUAGCGAGAGCGGAUCACGAAGUUUCUGCAAAGAAAAGGUUUACCUAAAAUUUCACUCAAUUCCCUCUCCUCGUACAGGCGGCCGCGCAUCGCCAAGCAAUUGGGGUUAG